AUGCCUCUCAACCUCCUUCCCGGCGUUGCGGAGAAAUGGGCGCCUGCCAUCGUCUACUUGAACGAAAAGGAGAGGUUUCCCAUCAGUGAUCCGGAGGCUUUGCAGAAGAUUCUUCACAGCACUCCUCAGAUGGACGGCACCAUUCAAAUAAGACUUGGGAGUCGUUUAUUUUUCAUCGACUUGGUCGAAAUGUCCUCCAGCAACGUCGACAUUGUUGCUUUGAGUGUCACCAGGCAUUGCGCUAUCGGAAAGCCGAGGAUACUCGGUGGUACGGUGAUCACGGAACGAUUUGCCGGCCAUCCGAAAGCUGCCGAUCAUCGUGAAUUGAUCCUUGGCAUGGAGAUAUUAACCAUUCAACCGUAUGGAACCAUCUCCGCACAAUGCUGCAAGGAGGAUUGGAUGGACGUGCGUGAAAUGGAUCGCGAUUCCACCGCCAGGGCACAGAACCUGCGACAGAGGGUCAUCAGAAUUGCAACAGAACGAAUGUUGCAGGCAAAAUCGAUUGCACAGAAAGAAUCGAAUGAGGAACUCCACGCAUUGUGCACGAAGGUUUCCACGUUUCUGGCCUCGAAAGACAACUACAAACUACUCGACCUUGGCGAGCAAACCAGCACCAAGAAGGCGAUUUCAUCCAUUGGCAAAGCAAUCGACCACUUGCACGACUCGGCUGUACCUGACGCCGCGUACCAGUCACAGGAGGGAAAUGCAUCAGCUAAUUUGAAAAAUGAACAGCGCAUUCUACUUACUCAACAUGGCAAAUCUCCGCAGAGCAGUCACAACGAGGUACACGAGCUGAAGCUGGCUCUCGAAGCCAAAGACGAGGAGAUCAGAACGACAAAGCGGAGUCACUCGCAGGUGAAGGCACAGCUCGCAUCGGAGAACCAGCGAUUGAUCCAACGCAACCAUCAGCUUCUGUUAGCCAACGUUGAGCUGAAGGAGAAUACUGAAGUCUUCCGGCUCCAGGCCAAUGAGGCAGAGGGAAAGGCAAAGCGGCUGACUGGACGACUUUCUGAUGCUGAGACAGAGACGGAGCUGGCAAGAGAUCGUGUCCUGGAAACCAGCAACGAGCUGAAAGAGGCUUACCAACAACUCAAGAAGACCAAAGACGAGUUACUAAAUCUUUUUCUUACCUCUGGUCGCAACAUCAUGGACAAAGACAAGCAGAUCCGCAAGCUUGAACAGCAGCUAACAAAACUCGAAGAACAAACACAACAGAACUCUACAGAAGUAAUUUCAGAGCUCGAAAAAGAACUAGAGGUAACCGAGAAAGCUUCGACGGACGAGUCGAAGAAGAGCACCAAGCUGGACGAGCAGCCCGCGGACCAGUUCAAGGACUAUUAUGCCGAGCUGUUCAAAGCCGUGCCCGAAUUUCGGUGGUUGAAAAGAAACCCAGAGUCAAGCGAGAAAGCCUCGGCGGGCAAGUCGAAGAAGUUCGUCAAGCAAGAGGAGCAGCUCACUGAGCAAAUUGAAGAAGAACUCGGAUAUCAAGAGUUGAAAAGCGACCUAAAGCCAACGAAGGGUGUUUUGAAGGAAAAGACGGACGAGGCGGCUUCGGCCAUAAAGAGGCACGCCGAGAAGCUCCAGAAAGCCGAAGGAAGCAAGGAAAAGUGUCGCUGCAAAGACAAGGAGUCCUACUUAGAGAGCGUUGAGGAGCACGUUGAGAAUCUCAGAGGAGUACUGGAGGAUGUGAUUAGGAACGACCGAAGCCCAUGGAGUGCUAGUGCCGAGGAAAGUGAUGUGAUCAUGAGAGACACUAUGGAGAAAGCACUGAGUCGGGUCUCGAUCUACCAGGGACGCAAGAGACGCCGUACCGAAGGACCUGACUUUGAGUAUUGA